GGUGAGAGGUCUAUAUCGAGAGGAGUGCAAGAGGGGUGAAAAAUGACUGGGAAUAGUCUGGUUCUUCCCAUUGUCCUCUGGGGGCGUAAAGCUCCCACACACUGUAUAUCCACUGUGCUGGUAAUGGAUGAUAUGAGCACCAUUAUAACAGGAUGCCACGAUAUCAAUCCUCGGGCUCUCCUGUUUGGACACACAGCUUCCAUUACCUGCUUAUCUAAAGCCUCUGCAUCCAGUGACCGGCAGUACAUCGUCAGUGCGUCUGAAAGCGGUGAGAUGUGUCUUUGGGAUGUGAAUGAUGGAAGAUGUGUGGAAUUCACUAAGCUGGCGUGUACACACACUGGAAUACAGUUCUACCAGUUCUCGGUUGGGAUUCAGCGAGAGGGGAGGUUACUUUGUCACGGCCACUACCCAGAAGUCCUCGUUGUAGACGCCAGCAGCCUGGAUGUCCUAUACACGCUGGUGUCAAAGAUCUCUCCAGACUGGAUCAGCUCGAUGAGCAUCAUCCGCUCUCACAGGACACAAGAAGAUACAGUUGUAGCGGUUUCAGUCACAGGAAUUCUCAAGGUGUGGAUCAUUACUGCUGAGGUUCACCGUAUGCAGGACACGGAGCCAGUGUUUGAGGAAGAAUCUAAACCUAUUUAUUGCCAGAACUGUCAAAGCAUUUCUAUCUGCGCGUUCACUCAGAGGUCUCUCUUGGUUGUGUGUGCUAAAUAUUGGAGGGUGUUUGAUGCAGGAGACUACUCUUUGCUGUGUUCUGUCCCGAGUGAAGAUAGUCAGACCUGGACCGGAGGGGAUUUUAUUUCCGCAGAUAAAGUUAUCGUCUGGACUGAAGAUGGGCAAAGCUUUAUUUACAAACUUCCAGCUAGCUGUAUUCCCGCCAGCGAUUCGUUUCGUAUUGAUGUUGGGAAAGCAGUGGAGAAUUCCAUUCCACCUUUACUGUACAGUGUCAUGCCGAAGGAGGACAAGAAGGUCCUGAUCUGCCCUCCAGUGACCAGGUUUUUCUAUGGCCGUAGAGAAUGCUUCCAUAAACUUCUAAUCCAGGGAGACUCAUCGGGGAGACUCAGUAUCUGGACCAUACCUGAUGACCUCUAUGAACAGGAAAACAUGGAAGGGUUAAAAAUUACGAUGACAACAUCUCUUCAAGAGGCGUUUGACAAGCUGACUCCCCGUCCUGCUGGGAUAAUUGACCAGCUCAGUGUGAUGCCAAAUAACAUCGAUCCUUUGAAAGUGACCGCCAGCGUCUACAUCCCAUCCCACGGGCGCCUGGUUUGUGGCCGAGAAGAUGGCAGCAUAGUCAUUGUCCCAGCCACACAGACUGCCAUAGUCCAGCUGCUACAGGGGGAGCACAUGCUACGGAGAGGCUGGCCCCCACACAGAACAUUGCGUGGACACCGGAACAAGGUGACCUGCUUACUGUAUCCUCAUCAAGUGUCUUCUCGUUACGAUCAGCGCUAUCUGAUAUCGGGCGGAGUGGACUUCUCAGUGAUUGUGUGGGACAUCUUUUCUGGGGAGAUGAAACAUAUCUUCUGUGUACAUGGUGGAGAAAUCACCCAACUGCUCAUCCCACCAGACAGCUGCAGUACGCGGGUCCAGCACUGCAUCUGCUCGGUUGCCAGUGAUCACUCUGUCGGCCUCUUAAGCCUCCGAGAAAGAAAGUGCAUCAUGCUGGCUUCCCGCCAUCUGUUUCCCAUCCAAGUCAUCAAGUGGAGACCAUCGGACGAUUAUCUGGUGGUUGGCUGUUCGGAUGGCUCUGUCUACGUCUGGCAGAUGGAUACCGGUGCAUUGGAUCGUUGUGUCAUGGGUAUAACAGCCGUAGAAAUACUAAAUGCUUGUGAUGAGGCAGUUCCUGCUGCCGUGGAUGCACUCAGCCAUUCCGCAGUCAACUUAAAACAGGCAAUGACCAGGCGUAGUCUUGCGGCACUGAAAACUGUGGCACAUCACAAACUGCAGACCCUUGCUACCAAUCUCUUGGCAUCAGAAGCUUCAGACAAAGGGAAUCUACCUAAAUAUUCAAAUAACUCCCUUAUGGUGCAAGCAAUAAAGACAAAUGUAACAGACGCGGACAUACACCUGCUCUUCUUUGAUGUGGAAGCUCUCAUUAUUCAGCUACUGACUGAAGAAGCCUCCAGGCCAAACACCGCACUUAUCUCCCCGGAGAGUUUACAAAAAGCAUCUGGCAGCUCUGACAAAGGGGGCUCCUUCCUGGGUGGUAAACGAGCCGCCGUGCUUUUCCAACAGGUCAAGGAAACCAUCAAAGAGAACAUUAAAGAGCAUCUCCUGGACGAUGACGAUGAAGAUGAAGAAGCCAUGCGACAGAAAAGGGACAAGAGCGACCCAGAGUACCGUUCGAGCAAGUCGAAGCCAUUAACGCUACUAGAGUACAACCUAACUAUGGACACGGCCAAGCUCUUCAUGUCAUGUCUUCAUGCCUGGGGCUUGAAUGGAGCACUCGAUGACGUCUGCCUAGAACGCCUUGGGAUGCUUAAGCCGCAUUGCCCAGUGUCGUUUGGCCUACUCUCAAGAGGUGGCCACAUGUCACUGAUGCUUCCAGGCUUUAACCAGUGCAUCUUUAAAACAGCCGAUGAGAUCAUAGACGUUGUCCGAAAAAUGUCAGUUACUGAAGGACUCGGAAAAGGCAAUUAUGGUGUGUCACGUGCUGUCACUACGCAACAUCUUCUUUCACUUAUAUCGCUGGCCAACACGCUUAUGAGCAUGACCAAUGCAACGUUCAUUGGAGAUCACAUGAAGAAAGCCCCUCAAAGGCCUCCCAGGUCCGGCUCUCCAGAAUCCAUGAAGGGAAAACCUUCCCCGCAGAGCACCAGCAACGUAAUGCAAGGACAGAUAAAACAAGCUGUUGCUGCUGAUUCUCCUGCUCGCACUGACUCCGAUCCCUCUGGGUCUGAUCGUACUUUACAUUCCUGUUUCUCAGUUAAUGAAGGAUGGAGCCAGUUAGCUGCCAUGCAUUGUGUAAUGCUGCCUGAUCUCCUGGGCCUGGACAAGUUUAGACCACCACUUCUCGAAAUGCUGGCACGGAGGUGGCAAGACAGAUGUCUGGAGGUACGAGAAGCUGCCCAAGCUCUGUUACUUGCAGAACUUCGGCGAAUCGGGCAGAGCGGACGCAAAGAUGCCAUUGAUUUUUGGGCACCAUAUUUACCGCAAUAUGUUGACACCAUUAUGUCACCUGGUGUGACAGCCGAGUCUAUUCAAACUGGCAAUGCAAGCCCAGAAUCAGGAGGGUCAGAGGUUAAAGUUCAAGAGGAAGAGCACGACCUUGUGGAUGACGACCUUGCAGCAGGUUGCCUUUCCAACCUUCCCCCAAUGAAGAAAGCGUCUCCAUCAUAUGAGGAGAGGAGGAAGCAAGCCACUGCUAUAGUCUUGCUGGGGGUAAUUGGAGCAGAAUUCGGAGCAGAGAUUGAGCCCGCAAAGCUUCUAACCAGACCGCGCAGUUCUAGUCAGAUUCCAGAGGGGUUUGGACUGACCAGUGGAGGCUCCAACUACUCGCUUGCCCGACAUACUUGCAAAGCUUUGACCUUCUUACUGCUGCAGCCGCCUAGCCCCAAGCUCCCCCCUCACAGCACCAUCCGCAGGACAGCUAUUGAUCUGAUUGGACGCGGCUUCACGGUGUGGGAGCCGUAUAUGGAUGUGUCGGCCGUGCUGAUGGGCCUGCUGGAACUGUGUGCCGAAGCAGAAAAGCAGCUUGCUAACAUCACAAUCGGGUUGCCCCUGAGCCCGGGAGCAGACUCAGCCCGCUCGGCACGACACGCUCUGUCGCUCAUUGCCACGGCCAGACCACCCGCCUUCAUAACAACGAUUGCUAAGGAGGUCCACAGGCACACGGCUCUGGCUGCAAACACGCAAUCUCAGCAAAAUAUCCACACCACCGCCCUGGCCCGAGCGAAGGGAGAGAUUCUGAGGGUCAUAGAAAUCCUGGUCGAGAAAAUGCCAUCAGAUGUUGUGGAUCUCUUGGUAGAGGUGAUGGAUAUCAUAAUGUACUGCUUGGAAGGAUCUUUGCUGAAGAAAAAAGGGCUACAGGAUUGUUUCCCUUCCAUUUGUCGGUUCUACAUGGUCAGUUACUGUGAGCGCAGCCACAGAAUAGCAGUAGGAGGACGUCAGGGUUCCGUGGCUUUGUAUGACAUACGGACUGGAAAGUGCCAGCAUAUCCAUGGUCACAAAGGACCGAUUACAGCAGUUUCUUUUGCCCCUGACGGACGUUAUCUUGCCACAUACUCCAACAAAGACAGCCAUAUCUCCUUCUGGCAGAUGAACACAUCCUUACUGGGAAGUAUCGGAAUGCUGAACUCAGCGCCUCAGCUGCGGUGCAUUAAAACAUACCAGGUCCCACCCGUCCAGCCAGCCUCCCCCGGCUCCCUCAAUGCCCUGAAACUGGCCAGACUCAUCUGGACUUCCAAUCGCAACGUCAUCUUAAUGGCUCAUGAUGGAAAGGAGCAUAGAUUCAUGGUGUAGGCUCCUCAUCCACCCCCUGCUCACCUACUGCCCCCUCCAGUAUCUCCAUAGCAUGAACACAUCGAUGUCGUCAUAUCAGUCCCGGGGUAAAACGUUGCUGUGUUGGUGCUGCAUGAUUAUCCCCGGUAAACGCUGCUUGUGUCAGCACUAAAGCCACAGAGAGGAAACCCUCUCCUGUACAUAAUUCCAUGUUCC